CUCUCCCCGGACCCCGCAUCCACUAUAUCCGCUCUCCCCGGACCCCGCAUCCACUAUAUCCGCUCUCCCCGGACCCCGCAUCCACUAUAUCCGCUCUCCGCGGACCCUGCAUCCACUAUAUCCGCUCUCUCCGGACCCUGCAUUCACUAUAUCCGCUCUCCCCGGACCCUGCAUCCACUAUAUCCGAUCUCCCCGGACCCUGCAUUCACUAUAUCCGCUCUCCCCGGACCCUGCAUUCGCUAUAUCCGGUCUCCCCGGACCCUGCAUUCGCUAUAUCCGCUCUCCCCGGACCCUGCAUCCACUAUAUCCGCUCUCCCCGGACCCUGCAUCCACUAUAUCCGCUCUCCACAGAACCCGCAUCCACUAUAUCCGAUCUCCCCGGACCCUGCAUUCACUAUAUCCAGUCUCCCGCAGACCCCUCACAUUCACUAUAUCUGGUCCCCCACAGUGCACAGA